CCAAAUGUAAGCGCCACAGUCUCCCGAGAUAAAGCCUAACGAACGGUUCAUGCAAAAAGAUGUGCAGACAGCAGCAGCUCAGCAGCUUGCCACUGCUCUUGGCCUUGGCCUUGACGGCAGCAACAUUGGCAACCGCAGCUAGAUCAAAUGCAUUGCCAGGAAGAGCACCAUUCACAGCUGAACAAUUGCGGCAACUAGGCGUAGGAAAUCUGGUCAAUCUGCCGCUCUACACAGAUUUGCCGCAGUCCAACUAUGAUUUCAUUGUGGUUGGCGCCGGAGCAGCUGGCUGCGCUUUGGCCGCCCGUCUCUCCGAGAAUCCCAAGCAUUCAGUGUAUCUGAUUGAAGCAGGCGGCGUGGAGAACCUGAUGCAUCUCAUACCCCUAAUGGCUGCCUCACUGCAACUGACCGCAUCCAACUGGAACUACAAGUCAGUGCCACAGCGACUCUCCUGUCUGGGCAUGCACAACAACGAGUGCGCGUUGGCUCGUGGCAAAGUCCUGGGCGGCACAAGUUCCAUCAACUAUAUGAUCUACAAUCGGGGUAACAGACUCGAUUUCGAUGCCUGGGCACAGCGUGGCAAUCAUGGCUGGAGCUAUGCCGAAGUCUUGCCCUAUUUCCUGCGCAGUGAAUCCGCCCAGCUGCAGGGAUUGGAGCACUCGCCGUAUCACAAUCACACCGGGCCACUCAGCGUCGAGGAUGUCAAGUUCCGCACCACAAUGGCGCACGCAUAUCUGCGAGCCGCUCAGGAGGCGGGACAUCGGCGCACCGACUACAAUGGCGAGUCCCAGCUGGGCGUGUCUUAUGUGCAGGCCACCACGCUCAAGGGACGACGUCACAGCGCCUUCCGAGCCUACAUCGAGCCAGUGCGUGCACAGCGCAAGAAUCUACACAUUCUGACCAUGGCGCGUGUUACGCGCAUUCUCAUCGACGAGGCAACCAAGACAGCCUACGGCGUGGAACUGCGUCAUGCUGGCAUUGCGUACAAGAUACGAGCACGCAAGGAGGUCAUCCUCUCGGCCGGUGCCUUUAAUUCGCCCCAGUUGCUGAUGCUGUCGGGCAUUGGGCCAGCGGACAACCUCAAAGCAAUUGGGGUGCCUUUAGUGCAGGCGUUGCCAGUGGGGCGAAUGCUCUACGAUCAUAUGUGCCACUUUGGACCCACCUUUGUCGUAAACACCACGGGUCAAGCACUGUUCGCAGCUCGCCUGACACCGCCGGUUAUCAAAGACUUUCUGCUGGGACGUCCAGACACACUUAUCUCAAGCAUUGGGGGCGUAGAGACACUCACGUUCAUCAAGGUGCCAUCGGCAAAGACGGGACCGACUCAGCCGGACAUUGAACUCAUUCAGGUGGCCGGCAGCCUGGCCAGUGAUGAGGGCACCUCGCUGGCACGUGGUGCCAAUUUCAGGCCAGAGAUCUACACUAAAAUGUACGAGGAUCUCACUCGACGGCAACAAGAUCAUUUCUCUUUUCUGAUCAUGCACUUCAAGCCACAAUCCGUCGGUCGUCUCUGGCUGCACACGCGCAAUCCCCUCGAGUGGCCACGCAUCGAUCCCAAGUACUUCAAGGCCGAACAGGAUGUAGAGCAGUUGCUAGAUGGCAUCAAGGAGUCCAUACGCAUCUCCAAGAUGCCAGCCCUACAAGCAAUUGGCACGCAACUCCUCGAUCGGCCAGUGCCCGGCUGUGAGAGUUAUAAGUUUGCCUCCGACGAUUAUUGGCGCUGUUCCAUCCGAACUCUGUCCUAUACGCUGCAUCAUCAGGUGGCCACCUGCCGCAUGGGACCCUCCACUGACCCGACAGCUGUCGUUAGUCCCCAGUUGAAGGUGCAUGGCAUGCGACGACUUCGCGUGGUGGACACCAGUGUCAUCCCAUUGCCCCCCACCGCCCACACUAAUGCGGCUGCGUUUAUGAUCGGCGAGAAGGCAGCUGACCUGAUAAGGAGCGAGUGGAGCUGAGCUCGAAAU